AACCGGAAGAUUACUCACCUGCCCUUAGAUUUUUCAAUAAUGGAGUUCCUGGCCUUGGACUUCUUACCAGCCCAUUCCCUAACCCCGGAGAAAGUACAGGGAGAAGAUUCGUAAUUGAAGAAUACCAGAGGAAAUUAGAAUACCGAGAAUCAGUCUCAGAAGCGUUAGAGUCAGGUAAUAAAUCCACCCAAAGCAGAGGUAUAGUAACACUGAGUGAAAUGGGGUCAGAAAAUUGUAAAGAAAAUACUAACCCGAAAACCGAUAAAGAAGGAGACGACAAAUUCUGGUACAGCUAUGAUGAUGAUGAAACUGUAAUAACUCAAGAAGAGGAAGAUAGAUGCCAUGAAAUAAGUGAAGAAAAAGAAGUAUUUAUGAUAAAAAUAGAAAAUGAAGAUGAACAGAAGGAAGAUAUCGAAGUAGAAAACAUCAUACCAGGACCCAGCGAACGGACCCCUAAUGAAAUAAAUGGCCAAGCGUGGACCCAAAGUAUGACACCACUAUACUUUCGGAAAAUAACUGAUGAUUGUCAUAAACUCAAACACUUUGCUCUAGAAGUGAUAAACCGAGGCAAGACCAUAUACUUGAUGGAGCAAUUCGGAUACCGACUUAUUGCACAUGACCUGAGAAACCUGUUGAUUUUAAAAGAAUGGAUCAUAGCUAGUACCCAACGAGAGCUAGCACAAAGAGAGUAUUUAAUGGCAACUGGAAUCGACUUAG